CCUCGAAUUCUCCUUCUCCAAUCUCUCAUCUUUGCGCAUAUACUCGAUUCAAGCGACCAUGUCUGACGACGAGGGAAAGAAGAAGUUCGUGCUCGAGACCGCCGGAUUCGACGCUCGGUUCCCUAACCAGAACCAGACCAAGCAUUGCUGGCAAAACUUUGUCGACUACCACAAGUGUGUCAACGCUCGAGGUGAAGACUUCCCUCCUUGCAAACAGUUCAAGAAGGCCUACAAUUCGCUGUGUCCCGUUUCAUGGGUCGAAAAGUGGGACGAACAGAUCGAGAAUGACAUUUUCCCAGCCUCCUUGAAGCCUUAAAGCGUGGACAGUGCAUGCAUAGGAAGCCCAAAUC